AUGGGCUCAGAUCCGCAGUACGCAAAGUGGCCUUUGCUGCCGCUGGCCCAACAUGUCUUCACUCUCACGAACCCCUACGCCGCGCGCCCCGCGCAAGAGAUCGCCGCCAAGCAGCUCCAGGAGGCCAUCGCCGAGCACAAGAUGGCCCCCUUCUACCGCUACCUGGCCCAUCCGAUAGAGGGCAUCCUCAACACCAUCGGCGAGACUGGUAGUGCGAGCGCCCCGGUCCCAGGGAAGCUCGGCAGGAAGAGCAGCAUCGCCAGCGGCAUGAUCGCCACGGGCAGCGCCGGCUCCAGCAUAAGCUUGCCGUGGGACGAGGCCCUCUACCAGUCGCUAGUGGCUGACAAUGAGCGCGAGCUGGAGGGCUUUCAGAAGGAGGAGGAGGAGGCUGUCGAGAAGGCGGGUGAUACGGAGGUGCUCGCUGCGCGGGGCAAGCGGGCUGAGUUCUGGGCUAGGGUUGGCGACAAGGAAAAAGCCAUCGCAGCCUACGAGGACGUCUUCGAAAAGACGGGCGUGCUGGGUGCCAAGAUCGACAUCGUGCUGGCCAUCAUCCGGAUGGGGCUCUUCUACGGCGACAAGCACUUGGUCAAGAAGCAAGUCGCACGCUGCAAAGCACUAGUCGAGUCGGGCGGCGACUGGGACAGGCGCAACCGGCUCAAGGCCUACGAGGGUCUGCACCUCCUGACCAUCCGUAAUUACAGCCUGGCAGCGCCCCUCCUUCUCGACUCCCUCUCGACCUUCACCUCCUACGAGCUGUGCACCUACAGCGCGCUCGUCGUCUACGCCGUGCUCGCCGGCUCCGUCUCCCUCAAGCGCGUCGACUUCAAGUCCAAGGUCGUCGACGCCCCCGAGAUCAAAGCCAUCCUCGGCGACGGCGAGGACAAGCUGCUGGCCCUAACCGGCGCCAUCUCCGCCGGCCCAGGCGCAGACGACUCCGACAUGGUCGUCGAGUCGAGCUCCACGCCAACCGGCAGCAAGCAACAACAGGUGGUCAACCUGACAACCCUGGGCACGGGCGCCGACGGGCAGCCCGAGGCCGAGAUCGCCAUCGACUUUAGCGCGCUGGCGCAGCUGGUUAGCAGCCUGUACAAUGGGCGGUACCGGCUGUUCUUCCAGGCACUGGCGCGUGUGGAAGAGCAGUUCCUGACGCAGGACCGCUACCUGCACGAACACCGCGGCUGGUUCAUCCGCGAGAUGCGCCUGCGGGCGUACCAGCAGCUGCUGCAAAGUUAUCGGGUUGUUGGGCUGGAGAGCAUGGCGGAGGAGUUUGGCGUUACGGUCGAGUAUUUGGAUCGCGACCUCAGCAAGUUCAUCGCCGCCGGCCGCAUUCCCUGCAACAUUGACCGCGUCAGCGGCGUCAUUGAGACCAACCGGCCCGACGACAAGAACAAGCAGUAUCAGGAGCUGGUGCGCCAGGGAGACCAGCUCAUCACCAAGCUGCAGAAGUAUGGCCAGGCGGUGCGUCUGAGGGGAAGCGAACGGUCUUAA